CCCUAGCAACGGGACGCUCCUGCCUGCCUGGAUACAGACUUGUUGUCAAACAUCGCUGUACUCAGAUGGGCCAAAGAGUUUCUGUUUCAAGCUUUCAAGUGUUUUUUGUUUUUGUUUUUAUCUUCGUGGUAAAUGGUGUUAAGAUAUAUCUGCCAUGCGAGGUUUUAAUUUAACACGUUAAUGUGUGUUAAUACUUAACUGAAGUGAGCUAAAACUUCACAACAAACUGCGUAGCAAAGGCUAGCGAAGUUAGCAUGAGUGUGUGGCGUCGUUUACACUGUUUGCUCACUAAUCUUAGUUAUCAUUUGCCAUAUUUACGCCAUGACCUUUUUUUUUUCUUUAGUCUCCCUAUAGAGCAUUAGUGGGAUAAAGUAGGAUACAUGCAUUAUAAGGGCAAAUUAAUUAACUAGCGUUAGCUCAGCUGUAGAAACAUUAUGACACAGAGUGAGAAACAAAAGUAUCGUGGUGAUGAGGAGGUGGUCAAAGAGUUGUGCAUGGCCAAUGGAGUGUGCUAUGAAAAAAUUGCACAAGAGGGAAGCAACAUCAGCUCCUUGGAGAUCUUCUUCUCUGGGUUUCCUCGCAUGGUUGGGCUUUCCUUCUUCCCAAGGCUCUGCCAGCUUACCAUAGUGGGCCAGAACAUAAAACACAUUGAAGCACUUGAGUGCUGUCCUCAGCUUCGGGAGCUCUGGGUAGUCCAGUGCCAUCUGACAGGAAUAUCUGGACUACAGAAUAGUCUAGAGCUAGAGAAACUCUACCUUUAUGAUAAUCAAAUCUGUAACAUAAACAAUUUAGAUCUGCAGAUCAACCUGGAAGUCCUGUGGCUCAACAAUAACUGCAUAACUCAGAUACAGGGCUUGAAUGCGCUUCGAAAUCUCAAAGAACUAAACCUUGCUGACAACAAUAUUGAAAAGAUUGGGCAUAGCCUUGAUCUGAAUGCCAGCCUUCAGAAUCUUAAUCUGUCCGGGAACAAGAUAAGUUCCUUUAAGGAGCUGACCCAUCUUGCCCGCUUACCCCACCUGAGAGAACUAGCACUGAACGACCCCACAUCAACCCCAAACCCAGUGUGUCUGCUGUGUAACUAUGCCACACACGUGCUUUACCACAUGCCAGGCCUCCAGCGACUUGACACCUACGACGUCUCAAACAAGCAAGUCAAAGAAGCAGCUGAGGCCACAGUAAUGAAGAAAAUGAUGUACUACAACAUGCGUGUACGGAGUGCUCAGAGAAACCUGGCAGAGACCCGGCUCAGUCUGACAGAGAAGGAAAAAACUAUGUUACAGCUACCCGAAGAAUGCAUCAGGACACUCCAUCACACCCUUAAAAAUCUUGAACGGGAGCUCUCCAAGGUGGCAGCUGGUUGUAAGAAGUCUGCCUGCACGCUGGGAGAUGAAUUGAUCCACCUGGUUGAAGGUUCAGCAGACAGAAAUGAUCUAACAGCUGACAUCUUUCAAGAUCCCGACAUGGAACGCAAAAUUCUCAGCAAGAUUGAAGCGCUGAAGGAGAGAUUGCUGCUAUGGACGAGGAGACUGAAUGAGACUGAAGCCUGGUGUCAGCAGGAUUUGGUCCAAGCCACAAACAUGAUGGAAUACACUAUCCAGUUUCUGUUGAUGGAGCUAGAAAGUGUUGGAAAUAUUCGUUUGGAGGAGGGUUGCUCUGCAGAUCCUUGGUUUACUUCCUGUGGCGACCUCCUGCUGUCCCGCUUCUCUCAUUCAGACUUCAAGGUUCAUGGCAUCACUGGGAUUAAGAUCAACAGAGUUAUCCGUAUCCACAACAGUGCCUUGAGGCUUCGCUUUGAGGACAAACUUCACUCGCUUCUAUCCAGUGAAGAGUCUGCUACCUUUUCACACAGGAAUUACAGACGUCGGCUGGAGCACUUGUUCUACAUCGCUGACCCGGAAAUAAAUAAUGAGAAGGAAGAAAUUUUGUCCAUUCUAGAGGAAGGCUUCAAAACAUCUGAGCAGUAUGAGGCUUUGCAAAGAGAGGGUGCUAUCCCAUUGUCCAACAGCCUGAGUGUGACCGAACAGCCCAGAAUUGAACAUGCACUGCGCCAGGCCAGCCGAGGCAAUUCUAAACACAGUACAGAUACGAUCCCCUUCAGGCACGGGCAGAUAAUUGUUUCAAAAGUGUUCGUGGGUCACAGCAUGCCUAUCCGAGCAGGAGAUCCAGUUGACAAAAGCAGUUAUCCUAAAUCCUACUCUGUGUACCGCUAUGUGGACACUAAGCACAGAACUGCAGUGAGUGAAGAGAGACCACAUUCCUCCAAAACACACACUGGCCCUGAGUGCAGUCCCCGACGAAGACAGUGGUUUGUGUUUGACCGUGAGCUUGUCCUGCCUGAGUACAUCAUAUAUUUUGACUAUAUCACUGAGGAUCGAGAACAACCUUCAUUGCCUGGCCACAGCACAGGCCGAGGUAAUACUCCUUCCAACGAUAUCAUCCUCGACAAGGAAGUCCUCAACAUGGAACCUGUGCUGAAACCAGAGCCCAGGUUGUUGAUGUUAGAUGACAAAAGUCUGCUUGAUGUGGCCAGAGCCAAUGUCCUCAGUCAGAUCACUGUGCUGAACCUACAUGGCAACAGUCUAAGUAAAAUAAAGGAGAUUUCCCGCCUCGCGGCUCUGCGGCAUCUUACCAUCAGUUUCAAUGACUUCACGUGCCUAGAUGACAUUUCUCACAUGCCCAACCUUGAGUUUCUGGAUGCUAGCUACAACCGCCUAGUAACCCUAGAAGGGCUGAGGGCGUUGGGACAGCUCAAACAGCUCGACGUACGCUGGAACAAGUUGACCAAGGCCAGAGAGGAUACGGCUGUGCUGAGGAAACACACACCUGCUCUUCUGAAGCUUGACACCCGAUACAACCCCUGGAACAGGCCAGAAGCACUUAGAAUGACCAUGCUGGGCCGUCUGACGACCCUCACACACCUGGACGAUGUGAUGGUAACGGAGGAGGAGGCUGCUGAAGCUGUUCACACAGCUGCAGGAUCCAGAAUUAAUCAGGCAUCCCUGCUGGCUCACUCGCAUACCAACAGUGACCGUCCUCGCAGUCUCAGUCUGCUAUCAACAGCCCAGCUCCUAUGUCAUCUCAGUCCUGCACCCUGGGGCCUCGACCGAGAGCUGGAGGUAGACUGGACCGCACAGAUCACCGCGCUGAACCUUGACAGCCAGAGGAUUUCCAAACUGAUCAAUCUGAAUAAGCUGGUCAACCUGCGUUGGGCCUCCUUUAAUGAUAAUAACAUUUCUAAAGUGGAGGGUCUUGAUAACUGCUUGAAGCUGGAGGAGCUUUCCCUCAACAACAAUAACAUCAGCACACUCAGUGGCCUCUCAAAACUGCAUUGCCUAAAUAAACUGAGUGUAGAUGGGAAUCAACUGUCCAGUUUGGAUGCCUCAGUCCUAGAUCAUCUGCCCAAUCUGUCCUUUCUAUCUGUGGAGAACAACUGCAUCAGUUCUUUGCGUAGCAUCCAGAGAGUUCGCUCCCUUCUUGAGCUCUACAUCGGCAACAACCAAAUUUCGACGUCACAAGACAUCUACUUUCUGAAGGGAUUAACAAACCUCAUCAUUCUGGACCUUUAUGGGAAUCCUUUAUUGGAGAAACUGGAAAACUAUCGAAUUUAUGUGGUGUUUCACCUACCCUCCCUAAAGGCUCUGGAUGGCAUUGCAGUGGAGGUAACUGAGUGUGAAAGUGCAAAGGAUAUGUUUGGAGGAAGACUAACCCCUGACAUGGUAGCAGAGAAGCUGGGCCACUCAAACUACACAGACAUCACCUAUCUCACCCUGCAGUCCUGCUGCAUUAGGAUGGUUGAUCUGUGUCCAGCAGAACUCUUCUGUAGCCUGCGCAGUGUCAACUUAGACCACAACAACCUUACCUCCUUCUCAGGCCUCAUCUACCUGCCCAACAUCAAAGCUCUGUGUCUGAACUACAACCACAUUGAGUCCAUCCUGCCCAGACAGAAGACUCAUCUGACAAACAGACAGAUACUGUACAGCAAAGUUCACUCCAGUGGUUACGGCCAACAGAACCCAUCUAAAGGCAAAGGGGAAACUGGGCCCACUUGCAGUCUAGAGCCACUGAUGAGCAGCCUUGAGGUGCUGCAUUUGAGUCACAAUGGCAUCUCCAAUAUGGCCAAUCUGCAGCUCAGCAGGCUCACCAAUCUUAAAGCGCUCUUUCUUCAAGGUAAUGAGAUCAGCCAGGUGGAAGGAUUGGAGGGCCUUCAACAGCUUAGAGAGCUUGUGUUAGACAAGAACCGGAUCAAAGCUCUGGCCGAAAACUCUUUCAUAGCCCAGAACGUCCUGCUAGAACUUCAUCUAGCAGAGAACCGGAUCCGGGAGCUCAGCCAUCUAGAUCCUUUGACUGAGCUCCGCAAACUCUUUCUUGGCAUGAACAAGCUGCAGGACAUCACAGAGCUUGAAAAACUAGAAGUUCUGCCUUCGCUGGUGGAGCUCUCUGUUGUUGGCAAUCCUGUGGCCAGAAAUUCUCUUCACAGACCAGCGGUAGUGCUCCGUCUGUCCAGGCUACAGGUCCUGGAUGGAGUGAUGGUAACACUGGAGGAAAGGACCAGGGCUGAACUCCUCAGCAGUGAUCCAUCAUCGUACUGCCAGUGCCCCGGAGCUUCUCUUCCUCCCGCUGAAAUAAACCUACCUGGACUGCUACCCCUCAUGCCUCGACAAACUCCUCUAAGAGGAAUGAGUAUAACUGGAGCACUACAGAACUACAUGCAUGGGCACGAUGUCCUGCCAAGUAACACGGAUGAGGCCCAAUCUCAUUACACAUACAAGCACAAGAAGCAAAAGCACAGCAAUGCUGCUCGAAGUGGCCAAACUGACAUUACCUUUCGACACAUUCGAAGAACAGGAAGCAACCUGACAACCACAGGUCUCCUUUCUGAUGGGAACAGAGUCAUCAUCACGUAUCCCAACCAGGAGCAAGACAGCAGGUUUUAUUCCAGAUUUCCAAAUGGUGGCAAACCUCCACCCAUGUAGCAGCCAGAAGAGGCGGAGCAUACUCUGAUACUCACAGAACACAAUCCAAAGGUGAACACAUGCGAUAGCCAUGACUGUGGUGUGGUCAUAUACCAUGGAGUUUUAGGAUAUUUGUGUGUAUUAUAUUAAUGUGUAUGAGCAUAUAUGUUUCCAUAUUUAAUGAGAAAAACGUCCAAACAAAGGAAACUGGUUGGACUUUGUUUCUUUUUGCUGUUUACAUCUUAAUAAAUCACCUUUGUACCUUGUUGAAUUUUAGUUUAAACUAAAACAUGUUUAGAGUUAAAGAUUUGGGCUUCUUUAACAUUUAUUCAGAUGCAUUUAUAAUGACUGUGACCUUAUUUUCUAUCCACAUAUGUGGAUCACUAACCAUGGUAAUCUGAGGAUGAAAGGUUUUUGUGUCACUUCUACUGCUAUCCCACCCUUGGCCCCAAACAAGUGAAAAAACACCCACAGAUGUAAGGAUGUGUGAGGCUGGCAAUGGGUCAAAUGCAUCCCCAACAAGUGGAUAAUCCGGCUUUAGCACACCUCUCUAUGGACAAUAAUCUGCAGUCACUCAGAUAAAGAUGUAAUCUUGAAUGAUGUCCAAAUGGAUUUUAGAGAUGUCAUUUCAUCAUGUUAGCCUCUUUUCAAAAAGCCCAGCACAGUUUUGACUAAUAGGGCAAAUCUCGCAUGUUGUAACUGGAAAUGAACCUACUCUACUUGAUGUUUAUGAUGUUAGUUCUGCUGAACAUGAGAUUAUAGUUUAGUCUAGAAAUCUAGUUGUCCUGUAGUUAAUAAAAA